AUGAAACCGCUUAAUGUCGAUAUUAGUAAAGUAGGUAUUCGCUUAGCCGAUUUUUCAAAUAGAGAAGAACUCGUCAAACAUUAUGCUUAUUCAUUUAAUGCAUCUAACCUUAAUGAAUGGACACAAGGAUUGCCACAAUUGAAUGUGACACAACUUUCAAGCACUUUUCCGAGUUGGCUAUACAUUCCAUUCUUCGGCUUCAGUGCCUAUCCUGCUGGCCUGUUUCGCAUGUCAGCUCGUUCUCUAUCUAUAUUUCUUCAAAUGUUUAUGAAUAAUGGAUCUGGUCUUCUCAAUCCUAGAUCUAUUGCUGAAAUGAGACUAAUAGUCGGUGGUGGUCUCAUCCCAUAUUAUGAUCCCAAUGGAAUAGCCAGUUCGUCAGUUAUACCACCGCCGAGCUUUGGACUUAGUUGGAUCUGGCAGACAUUGAGCGAUGGACGACGAUACAUUGGUCAUAGUGGUUCACUUCCUGGUGCAAGACAUUCGAUGUUAGUUAAUGAAAAGAACACUAUUGGUGUUAUUGUUCUUUCAAAUGGAGAUUCCAAUGUACCACUUCAAAAUCAACAAGAUUCAUAUAUAAUCGUCGAUGGUAUAAAUUGGUUCUACUAUUGGGAUAUAGAAACUCUUCGCUUUGGUCUUAAUUAUCAAGCACGAUCGGAUGAUUUGUUUAUUGUAACGUAUCCCAAAAGUGGAACAACAUGGAUGAAAACAAUUGUUUAUACUCUAUUGACAAAUGGACAACCUUUUGAUAUUGAUUGUAAGGAUUUUUUUGAAAGGUUUCCUUAUCUUGAAUUAGAUGAUGAAAAAGCCAUUAUCAAUAUGCGACGGCCGGGUGCUUUGAGAUCUCAUUUACCAAUGAAUCGUAUACCGUACAAUUCGCAAGCAAAAUAUAUUUGUGUGAUUCGAAAUCCAAACGAUGUUUGUGUGUCCUAUUAUACAUUUUACAAUACGUGGGGUGGUGUACAUCGUUUGAAUUUCGAUGAAUUCUUCGAACUUUUCAUCCAAGGUCGUCUACCAUUCAACGACUAUUUUGAAUGUCUUCGGCUAACUUGGGAACGACGUAAUGAUCCAAAUGUGCUUCUUGUAGCUACUUUUAUCAAUAUUCAUUUGACCGAAGAACUUCUUCAAAAAGUCAUUCUUUACUCAUCAUUCAAUUAUAUGAAAAAUAAAUAUGAUGAUGAACGUCGAAAAUUCGAAAUGAUAUACAUCGAAGAAAUCGAAGAUGAAAUUGCUCGCGCUCGAAUGUUGAAGCAGUUUGAUGGUGAUCCCAAUAUGGAAUUAGUACGCAAAGGACAAAUCAACGAUUGGAAAACAUUUAUGUCUCUAGAGCAAAGUGAACGAAUCAAGAAUAAAUUUAUCGAAACAUGUCAAAAAUGUGAUGGACUUGAAAGUUACUGGUCGAAAUGGAAUAUUUUUUGUUGA